AUGCCAAAGACACAAAAAGCUCUAGUAUAUGCGGUGCGAAAGGGUCGUAAGCCUGGUCUGUAUCAUUCUUGGGAUGAUUGUGCCAAACAAGUGCACCGCUACCCGUCUGCGCAGUUCAAGGGAUUUCGAACGGUCGAAGAAGCCCGGCACUACCUGCAUGAUAUUGACACCACUUCAAGUGAUGCUAGACCCACUUCUGCAUCGUCACCGACAUCCAUAUUCAUAGAGACGGCUACCAAUGCUGCAGCCAAGCUGCCAUGGGCAGAGCCGCGACGGAAGCGUGUUGCUGAUGUUUCGGAAGACUCCGAUCGAACGGCUCUUGCAGCUGAUGGGCGAACGAAGCAACGACGCACUGACACACUGACAAACAUGUCCGUUGUAUUACAUGGAAACGAUGCGUUGGAAGGAGACCAAUCCGACAAUCUGAAAGCCUUGUCUGAAAAAAUCAAGUCGCCGGACGAAAUUAUUGUGUACACAGACGGUUCGUCCCAUGGUAAUGGCAAGCGCGGUUCCAUCGCCGGCUACGGCGUGUAUUGGGCUGAUCCCUUGUAUCACCGCCAGAAUGUGGCAGCAAGGUUACCGGGGCCAGUGCAGACGAACAACCGCGCAGAACUCACAGCUAUACUUAUAGCGAUUCGCACGCUCCCCGAUCCAUCUCGACCAUUGCACAUCUAUACUGAUAGUCGAUAUGCGAUUCAAGCGAUCAACAAAUGGAUUGUCCAGUGGCGCGCGAACAACUGGAAGACUAGUACGAAGAAAGACGUGGAAAACCGCGACUUGUUCGAGGCUAUUCAAGAUGCCAUCAAUGCUUGUCGUUACCGACCUGUUCUAACCUACGUACGUGGACAUGCAGGGCAUUAUGGAAACGUCAUGGCAGACAAGCUUGCUAACGAAGGAGCGGCAUCUGGAACAUAA